AUGUGCUUCACAGCUGGGUGCAUCGACUGGCUUCCCGUGGUGGGUGGCUGGCUGGUGAAGGCGUGGAGCUACUACGCCUACGUGAUCGUGUUCUGCGGCUCCGUGGUCAAGGACGACGCGGUGCGGUUAGCCUUCAUCGUCGGCUUCCACGUGCUGAUGGCGCUGCUGCUCUGGUCCGAGCUGACGACCAUCGCCACCCCACCGCCGAAUGUGCCCGCCUACUUCAGCCUGAGCGAGGUUGACCUCCGGCUCCUGCAGGAGGCGCGCACCGAAGAGGCCCGCAAGGGUUUCCUCGAGGUCCUGGGCCAGCAGCGCGGAGUCCUCACUCGAGGCCUGGACGGCGCCGUGAGUUACUGCGAGGUGUGCGAACGCAUCAAGCCCGACCGGGCACACCACUGCUCGGUGUGCCGGCGGUGCGUGCUCAAGAUGGACCACCACUGCCCGUGGUUCAACAACUGCGUCUGCUUCAGCACCUACAAGGCAUUCCUGCUGACCAACAUGUACGUCAUCCUGCUGUGCACCUACACCUUGUUCACGGCCGGGAGCUACUUCCACCAGGUGCCCUGGAACCAUUGGCGCAUAACGGAGCCCGCGGUACAGGUCAGCACCAUGGUAAUCGUGUCGGUUGCCUUCUUCUUCUCCGUCGGCCCUUUCUUCUUCUUUCACCUCACGCUGGUGGCGUUCAACCGGACCACGCUGGAAUCCUUGCGCAGGCCCCAAUUCGUGGACAAAGGCGACACAUUCGACAUAGGCUUCCACAACAACGUCGUUGAGGUGCUUGGCCACAGCUGGCUGCUGUGGCUGUUCCCCGUGCACACCAGCUUGGGUGACGGAUCGCGCUUCCCCACCAAGCUGCAUCCACACAACCGCGAUCGUUUCCACGUGCGCGGCAUUUGA